GCGCGGUUCAGCUCAUGAACCGGCGACGCCACGGAAUAAAUUAAUGGAGCGCUUGGGCGAGCGAUCUUCGAGAUCGCAUCAUGGCCCGCAGACCGAAGAUUGUUCCGUCUCAGUCAGGAGUAUGAACGAUUACGCUGUGGUGGAUAUAGGAACGGAGGUGUUCCUAUAACCAAGGGCUUUCUGGCCCAUUUCACCCACGAUGUUAGGCACGGCCGCAGUCACCCAUGCGCGAUCCGCAACGGACAAGCGACCGAUAGUGUACUCUCGCAUCCUGGUCGGCGCGGCGCGGUCCGCAACUGGAAGUACUGCGGUACAACGCUACUCUAGAGUACGACUGAUACGUGUACCUACAGAGUCGCAUUGCCCUUGCACACCGCAAGUGGAUGUCCGGCAUACUCCCGUAGAUGGCGGCCGAACCGAAUGGGAAACCGACGCCGGGACGCGGCAGUUUCUCACAGAGGACCCCCAAGUGGUGAUCAAGAGUGACGACGGCAGCUGUCAGGCAUCGGCCGGCUCGGCGACAACUGCUCACCCCCUCACGGGCCCCGCGCGCCGUCGCCCUUUGAUUGGGCCAGCUGGGCGCUUACAUGCCGGCACCACCAGACCUCUCACGGCCUCUCAUUGGGCACUGGACUGUGAUUGACCUGCCGCUUGCAUCUCUCAGGUUGCGCGGAAUGGCUGUUUGCCAGUGCGAGGGCGGCAGCACGGAUGGCCCCAAAGCGCAAGAUAGGUGGCUUGCCGCCCUCUACCACAGUAAUAAGUCGCGGCUGCGAUCCGCUCCCGUCCUCUUUGUUCCGCUGCUAUGACCCGACCAACUGUGAGCUGGACCAUCGCCGAGUCCGCUGUCGCCGGCGACUGAGGGCUGAAUCCAUCACGGCCCGUUUGUUGCGAUUCUCAGAAGUUGGUGUGAGCGAGUCCCCAGCGGCCUCCGGCGACCCCUCGGAACCUCGAAGCACCGAGAACGGCACCCGGGCAGCAAGCACAAAGCGAGCGGAGUAACUUGGGCCGGAAACGGCGCCUAGUGAGCGAUUGUGCUGUGCAUCAGAAGCUCACGAAAGGAGAGAGGAGAACUCAACGAUGGGCUCGUACGUCAUUCUCCGUCGGCCAUGGAGGGCCAAGAAGCCGCUGUACUUCGGCAUGAUCCCCGAGCUGGGCGGCACCAUCGCGCUGCUCGUGCUCUUCGGCCUGCAGAACCCCGACGCCUUCCGGACCCUGUUCUGGCGCAUCGGCUUUGAACACGGGCUCAACUCGAACCCCAACAUGAUCCUCUACGCCUAUGCGAACUUCCGCCCCUUGCCCUCCAUCCCCUUCGUGUGGUCACAGACCCUGACGAGCUUCAACGUCGCCAUCUCGAUCCUGUCCCUCUUCGUGCUGCUGGCCAAGAUGAUCGCCACCAUCAUGAAGGUCUUCUACCCGGUCUUCGGCGUCUUCGUCGGCCUCAGCCUGACUGCCCUCUACGCGACGAGCGUCGGCGGCCAGGCCGGCCCCGACUACGCCGACCCGCGCUACCCGAGCCCCGUCCCCUGGUAUAUCCGCAUGGGCUGCGACAUCGCCGCGCCCUACAACGCGGUCGGCGACUGCAAGAUCGCCAAGGGGGCGUUCGCCGCGACGGUGUUCAUGAUGACCCUCUAUCUGUGCCAAACCGCCUUCGCCAUCUGGUCCAUGCUGCCCAACAAGGAACUCGACAGGGUGGAGUCGGACGACGAGGAGGACGGCUCGGUCCGGAAGGACAAGGCCAGUUCCUCCGUGGAGAUGAAGUCCUCCUCGGCGCCGAACCCGCAGGCGACGCCCUUCACGCCGCGGACGCAGGCGUUUCACACGCUGGACAGGAAGCUGCCUCUCCGGGACAGCUAAAGGGGGAAAGGUGGUCCUCUCGUCUCGAGGGGAAAAACAGGCCACGGUCGAGGACCGUCAGAGCUUGCAGGCAGAGCUGUGAAAUGGGCCGCUGCUCUGCUGGUCGGGGCAAUCGUUUUCUCCGUUGUCCCGGCGGGAACAUCGGAGCCUGGGUUGGAUCAUCCAUGGUCAACGCGGUACGCAUUGCGGGUUGCUCUGGGAGUCGGGAGUUCGGGUUACGCGUUGGUCUGGAAAGGAUAUCUCGAUCUCGUCUUGUUGUUAGUGUAGUUGAUACACAUCACGCACCUGCCCAGUCAGGGCCGUCUAGUCCGCCACUAGUCUUCUCAACAACGUCGCACUCCCC